UGUGUGAAGCAGCAAAGCUGACGUGGUGAUGCAGACUCUGAGGUAAGUGCUGCACAGUCACGUGCCUUAAAACAUGUCACAGCAGACAUGAAUUAAGUACUGGAACAAUAAUUACAUGAUGUUAACAGUGUAUUUUUGUACCUUUGACAGUUUUGAACUGAUACACAACCACAUGUUGUCAGUGUUUACACAAAGACAACAGACGUGUUGACUCAGGCCUGUGUGAGGUGUUUUUACUGCUGUAUUUUCUCGGUGUGUAAUUCUUACCUUUUCUUUUUCAGGACAUUUCAUGCUUUAAAUUUUCUCGUCCAGAUUCUCUGAAGGAAGAAGAAAUAAGUUACAAGUUCGGACAUUAAAGCGACAGAAAGUAUGGAAAGCAAACAUUAAAACAGAUGCUGUUCAAAGGAGCUUGAAUGUUGAAUUUAAACGAUUAAAUUAAAUUAACAUUUCACCAAAUGAUGUGAUGCUGUAUAAUUGUUUUUUCAGCUGAGAUAUUUACUGGAAAGGACACCAACAACUUUCACUACAGUGGAAAUGAUUAAAUGAGCUCACCUCAUGUGUUGAUGCUGAAUGUUCACUCCAACUUCAACUAACAAUACACUGAUUUUUAUCAUUCAAGCUGAUGCCCUGAUCCUGAGCCUGAGCCUGAGCCUGAGCCUGAGCCUGAUCCUGAGCCUGAUCCUGAGAUCUUCAGCCUCAAAGAGAUGAACGUGUCAUCUGCCAAUGUGACUGUGGUUAUAGAGUAUCGAGACUCCUUCACCAAAGCUGUGGCCAAGAAUGUGAUCGUCGUGGUUCUCAGCAUCUCCAUCAACUACAUCAAUGCAGGCCUCAUUCGCACCUUCUGCAAACACCAGACCUUCUACACGAAUCCUCGGUAUAUACUGUUCUUUCACCUGGUGGUCAACGACAUGAUCCAGGUGACGCUGACCGUCAUCCUGUUCGUCAUCAGCUACACCAUCUACAAGCUCAGCGUCUCCGUCUGUUGCAUCUUCAUCCUGAUUGCUCUGUUCACCACUGAGAACACCCCUCUCAACCUGGCCUGCAUGGCGGUGGAGUGCUACAUCGCCAUCUGCCUGCCCCUCCACCACGUGCACAUCUGCACCGUCAAGAGGACGUUGAUGCUGAUUGGUUUAAUCUGGGCGACGAGCAUGUUGUCCGUUCUUCCUGAUCUCUUCGUCACCUUGGCCACGGAGCCACUGGACUUCUUCCACUCUCGGGUGUUCUGCCUCAGGGAAACCGCCUUUCGAAAUCCCCACAUCAUCGAAAAGAGAGACGUCACAUACAUCAUCUAUCUCGUUAUAGUUUGGCUCGUUAUCUUUUACACUUACUUUAAGAUCUUGUUCACUGCAAAAACAGCGAGCAAAGACGCUAAGAAAGCCAGAAACACAAUCCUCCUCCACGGGUUUCAGGUGCUGCUGUGCAUGGCAACAUAUGCAGAACCCCUGCUGAAACACGCUCUGCAGCAGUGGUUUCCUCAGAGUUACACUGACUCUCUCUUUGCCACCUACAUCAUAGUACACAUUCUGCCACGAUCCAUCAGUCCAAUCAUAUACGGCAUCAGAGACAAAACCUUCAGGAAGCAUCUGAAAAGGUAUCUGCUGUGUACAGCGAGCUCGCAGUAAGCAUCCGGAGUCACAUUCUGAAAACUUUCACUCUGUUGAGGUGGAAACUGCUCGUUUGGUUGUUUCAUUAGGUUGUGAGAGGUUAGGUAGGUUAGCUUAACUCACACAGGCCUGUUUGUUGUGAAUUUAUUUGUAUUAUGAUUGUUUAGAGUGAUUCGUUUUUUCUGCUGACCUUUUACAUUUUGUCUCCAACCCCCAAAGAACAAAGAUCAAAUUAAAAUCAGUUAAAUCAAACUAACGAUUGUCUUUAAUGUUGAUUAAUCUGAUCAUUUUUUCUAAACUAACAGUUUAGUCUAUAAAAUGACAGCAAAUAGUGAAACGUCCAUUAUAAUUUCCCACAGGCCGAGGUCACAUCUUUAAAUGUCUUGUUUUGUCGAGCCAACUGUUCAAAAACCAAAGAUAUGAUACAAAGAAAAGCAUCAAAUCUCUGACUGACUGAUGUUUUCGCAGCACUUAGACAAAGAAGGCCUCUGCACAGUAACACAAGUCUGCACCUGCAUCAGUGUGAAGAAAUUUCAGACAACACACUUCAACACAUGGAAGAACGUUAGUUGCAAGUUUAGUUGACUAAACUUGCUUUUUAACUUUGGCUUUAACCUUUGGUUUUUUUUCGGAAUGAUCGAUUUUUUUUAUUGCUCAUUACAAUUAAAAACUUUUUCAUGUGUGAACAUGUGAAAGUUGUGCUU